UUCAGCGCUCAACCACUGGACCGGAAGAAGGACUCGUGUCACAAUUGGACUCUCCUUCUUCCUCCAUUUAAGGUACGUCACAAGUGUAGAAUCACAGCAUUACACCUAUUUUUAGAUAGGGGAGAUCCAGCAAAUUUUCCCCAAAUACAUUUCACUUUUGCACCUUUCAGCUUUCAAAUAGAUACACUCCCAGCUUCAAAAUUGAUAUUCUAUUGAAAUGGAUAAACAAGAUUUGGAUUAUGUCUUGGUACCAGUAGGCCUCCUCUUCAUGAUUGCUUAUCAUAUAUGGCUUUUUCAUCGCAUCCUUAAACACCCUGUUCGUACUGUCAUCGGCAUUAAUUCAAUCAAUCGUCAAUUCUGGGUUCACGCUAUGAUGGAGGACCCAUCGAAAAAUGGAGUUCUAGCGGUGCAGACAUUAAGGAACAACAUAAUGGCAUCAACACUUUUGGCAUCUACAGCGAUUAUGCUCAGUUCUCUCAUCGCCGUAUUAAUGACCGGCGGAAGCAAGGAAGGCCGUUCAGUCGGUUUUCACAUUUACGGGAACAAAAGCGAAUUUUGUCUAUCGAUAAAAUUCUUUUCCAUAUUGGUAUGUUUUAUGGUUGCGUUUUUGUUCAAUGUACAAUCGAUAAGGUAUUACAGUCACGCUAGCAUUCUCAUCAACGUGCCUUACAAGAAAUCGGAUUCAUCGAAGCAUUGUGUGACGGCGGCGUAUGUUGGGAAGACUGUGAAUAGAGGGAGCUAUUUCUGGUCACUUGGACUGCGUGCUUUUUAUUUUUCGUUUCCUCUAUUUUUGUGGAUCUUUGGACCUAUUCCUAUGUUCCUUUGCUGUCUUUUUCUGGUAUUUAUGCUGUAUUUUCUGGAUGGUAGUUCAGAUUUGGGGUGGGUUACACCAACUGAGGAUGUGGAGACGCAGCAGACUGCUUAGGGAGACACUGAGAACAGUUUACAUUCAAUCCAAGUUGAAUUAAACUGCGUACUGUAUUUCUAGAAUAAUUUCUAAUUAUAUAUAUAUGUAUAGUACAUGGUAUGCCCCAUUAAUGUGUCAACUCGAUA